AUGGCGCAGACACAAAUAUCAUCCUCCCGCAAGCAGUGCGACUUUGCCAAACUGCUGAUGGCUGGAUAUGACUUGGAGCUGAACAACAAAAAUACUCAAGACUUCAACGUCGUCUUUCAUGGGCCUAAGGAGACGAUCUAUGAAGGCGGCGUUUGGCGAGUGCACGUUACGCUGCCAGAUGACUAUCCCUUCUCUUCGCCUUCCAUAGGCUUUUUAAACAAGAUCUUACAUCCAAAUGUUGACGAGGCUUCAGGGUCUGUGUGCCUCGACGUCAUUAACCAAACUUGGACUCCACUAUACAGCCUUGUAAAUGUAUUUGACGUAUUUUUGCCCCAGCUCCUCACUUAUCCAAACCCACAAGAUCCGCUUAACAGCGAAGCCGCAUCCUUGCUUAACAGAGACAAGGCUCAGUAUGAGCAAAAAGUCAAGGAGCAUGUGAUGAAAUAUGCGAGUCGUGACUCAUGGGAGAGGGAGCAAGCGAGAAAGAAAGAAGAUGAGGCACCUCCGCAGCACCAGGAGAGCAGCGAAUCGCAAGCCAGCGAACUGGGCAGAGUAGAUGAGGAUGCAGACGGUGCUGGUAUUGAAGACUUGUAG